AUGUAUAUCGGCCCAUGGCAAGAAUACAAGCUGGCACGGCUGAUACAGCAUCAGCACCAAGCACUUGCUCACGAGUCCGCCAGGGGAGUGGUGGGACGAUCAGGAAGUCGGCCCUCUAGUCAGCGCGGGGCUGAGGCAUCCCCAUCUUCGUCCAGGUCUGGAUUCUCCGGCUUCUCCAGCAACAGCGCUCCCGCACGGCUUCCUGGGCCCUCCGCGCAGGUUCGCCUCAAGGAUUACUGCGACAGUGUAGAGCGGCUGAGCAAGGCGAACGAUCGGAGGCGAUGGGCGCCACCAAGGCCCCGCCUUCCCAGUGGAAGCAGCACCGGUAGCACCCGACCGUAUAGCAGUAGCAGCCGGGGCAGUGACAGAGGCCCAGGCCUCGAAUCUUGCAGCUCGACGAGCUCAGUAGGCAAUGCUGCUGCGAAACGCGCGGCAGGAGGUGCCAGAAAAGCAUCUGGGAAGCCGCCGAAGGCGGCAUCCUUUGAAGAGCAGCGACGAGCUCGAAUCAGACACAUGCAGAGGCUCUACGGCUUGGGCCAGGCCCAGGAGAUGGCUGAGACGCAGCUUUGGGCCAAGAGAUUUACUUUCAAGUUUGAUGAGCUCUCCCAGACCCGCAUGGGCAGCUGCAAAUCCACCCCUUCUCCUGCGGUCGGCACAGCCUCGGAGGAGCCCCCGGCGAAGAUGUCGCAGAAGGCCGAAAUCGAACAGAUCGUGGGCUCUCACAAGGUGGUUGUGAUAGCCAAGUCAUGGUGUCCAUUCUGCACCAAGGUGAAUGUCGCGUUUCAGUCCCUGGGCGUCAGUGACCUCAAGGUCGUCGAAGCCGAUCACCGCCCGGAUGAACUCGACUUCAUGGAGGCCGUCAAGGAGAUCACAGAGAAGAAGGCCUCAGCGAAACCGGGCAUGUCUGGGCUGCGCGUGCGGGACGACCAGACCCCCGCUGCGGUGGUGGUGCCGGUGGUGCAGUUGCUGCUGCAGUGCUUGCUCUCGUCGGUCUUCCGCCCUGCUUCCUGGUACCCUUGGCGAGGUGGCUGCGACAACAUCAUGGAAUUGCGAGAGAAAGGCGAGCUCAAGCCCUUGCUGCAGGAGGCAGGGGCCACCGUACUGCACCGAUGA